AUGCCGCACGCCAACCUUCCUCCGCCUGGAUUCCAGGCCCUCAUUCUCUGUGGGCCUGGAGCUUCUUUUACCACAUUCACAUCCACUCCUCAUGAGAUACCCAAAGCUCUUCUACCCAUCGCAAAUAGGCCAAUGGUGUGGUAUCCUCUGGAAUACUGCUACCGUAUGGGAAUUACAGAUAUUACUGUCAUCACUCCGCCAGAAUCCCUCGAAGCCAUUGAGGCUGCCAUGUCGCAGAACCCCCAUCUGACCUCUCUUCCCGCCCCGAAACCAGAUAUUCUUGCGCCCAAAGAUCUUCACCAUGCCUCUGGAACCACCGAACUUUUCAGGCUCCCCGAGGUACAAGCUGCGAUCAAAGGCGACUUCGUUGUUCUUCCCUGCGAUUUGGUAUGCGAACAAGAUGGUGCACCUCUCAUAGAUGCUUGGAUGGUUGAACAGGCCGGUUUGGGAGCUGCAAGCGGAGGGGUGAAUGAAUUGGGACCCGUGCCUCUUGGAAUCGCUGGAGAGAAAUCACGCCGUCGAGGCGGACUGGGCGUUUGGUAUCAGACCAAAGGAGAAGCCAGCGCAAAAGGAGAAGAGACGGACUUCAUUGCUACCACACCCCUCCCACCUGGGCCCGUCCCUGCACCAGCAGACUCGUUGCGCCGCAACAUCUCCAACCUGGUAUACACGGUUCCUACGGACACACUCAAGGACAUAACGGAAGAGAACAAGUGCUUACCUAUCCGACACACCCUCAUUCGAAAGCAUGCUCGUGUGCGGAUGUUGACCACCUACCGUGAUUCUCAUCUGUACUUCUUUCCCUACUGGGUCAUCGAGAUGAUGAGGAAGAACGAAACCUUUGAGAGUGUCAGCGAGGAUGUCCUAGGCUGGUGGGCAAAGGCCGGAUGGCAGGAUGGGCUUGGCGAUAAACUUGGUCUUCGUGACAUUUUCUACCCUGAUGAGGCUUCGGACGGAGAGGGUGAGGGCAGGCUUGAGUCUUCACAAUUCAUCGAAGAAGAGAUUGAUGUUUCAAAACUGAGUUCGACUUGGUCCUCCACUCUGGAGUCUUCUCCGUCAACAGCCCUCGCCUCCCGAGUCCAAAAUUCUAACAUCCCUGAGGCAGCUAAGUCCAUCUCUACGGGAUCAAAAUUGCCCGUACCACCAAUUCUGGCCUAUGUUCAACCAUCGGACCCCUCGCUACCGCUGAUUCGAAGAGUCGAUACCGCACAUCUCCUCCUCACUGUUUCACUCCGCCUAGCAAAACUUCCAUCAAUAGAAGAAGCCGGUAAAGAUGCCUCUCCUUUCGCGCAUCAAGCAAAGAUCGCACACAAAGCUGCUAUUCCUCUGAGGUGCAGGGUGGAAGCUGAGAACUCGUUGUUGGCCGAGAACGUCAUUGUGCAGGAGAAAUCAAACAUCAAAGAGUCCGUCAUUGGUACAGGCUGCACUAUUGGCGAAGGUGCACGCUUACUUCGCUGUUUGCUGAUGGACGGUGUUGAGGUUGGUCCGAAUGUCCAGCUCACUGACUGCAUCCUGGGACGAAGAUGCAAGAUUGAAGGUGGACCCACAAAGAGUGACGAGAAGACCGUGUUGACAAAGUGCGAAGUUCAGGAUGGCCAGGUCGUAGAGUGGGGAACGGAAGCCAAGGGCGAGAAGAUCAUGCGUUUCGACAUGGGCAGUGAUAUGGGAGAUGACGUGGGUAUGGAUAUGGGAGAUAAUGGUGGUUUCGAUGGAGCUGAAGACGAAGGCAUUCCUCUUUGA